AUGCCCAGCAGCGAGCGAGGGGAUCGCUGUGCCAGUGUGCAGGAGUCAGGGCUCUGCAUCUGCGCUCAGCACUGCAAAGUUCCCGUGUUUGGGCAGACGGAGGGGCUGUCCCCGGGGCGCGCGGGGCUCGAACGUGGGGCUCGUGGGGCGAGCGGGGAACGGACACGGGGACGAACGGCCCCGGUGCUUCAGUUGCAGCGGCGGCAGCGGCGGCAGCAGCAGCGGCGGCAGCAGCAGCGGCGGCAGCAGCAGCGGCGGCAGCAAAGAGAUAUUUUGAAUACUCUCUUUCUUUCUCUUCUCUCUUUCUUUCUCUCUCCCUCCCUUUCCCGCUGUCGGGCACUCUUCUCUCGGGGUCCCUUGCCCGGCGUCCCUCUCCUCUCCCCGCCUCCCUGUCCCCUGCAGGGCCGGGCCAUGCCCCCGGCCCGCCCCCGGCCCCGGGCGGGGCUGCCCCAUGCCCGGCCCCGGCCGUCCCGCCGCGGUCUCGCCUCCGCCCGGCUCUGGCUGUACUGGCGGUGGCGCUGCUGGGCGGGCAUCAGUGCCUGGGGCGGGGGCGGCAUCGCCGCCCUUUGCCUCCGCCUGGCCCGAGCCCGGCCCCGGCCCCCGCCCCGGCCCCGGCCCCGGCCCCGGCCCCAGCCCCGGCCCCGGCCCCGGCCCCGGCCCCGGCCCCGGCCCCGGCUCCUCCCGGGGCCCGCGGAGCACACACGCGGCGCGGCCGCUCCCGCCGCCUCCGCUGCGGCUUCCCCGGCCCGAGCUCCGCCGCUCGGCAGCGCGGCCGCCGGUCCCGAGCCUCCCGUGCCGCGUUCCCGGGAGCGAACGCCUGGGCAUGGCCGGCCCGGGGCGGGUGAGGGGCGCUCGGGGGCCGUUGCUGGCCCCGGGCCGACCGCUGACAGCCGCGUCCCGCCCGCAGGGACGGCGCAGGAGGCCCUGCAGGAGCGGUACCGGCUGGGAUCGCUGCUGGGGCGCGGCGGCUUCGGCAGAGUCUUCGCGGCCACGAGGCUCUCGGACGGCGCCCCGGUGGCCAUCAAAAGGGUGCCACGGAACCGCGUCCGGCACUGGGGCGAGCUGCCCGACGGCACCAGCGCACCCCUGGAGAUCGUGCUGCUGGCCAAGGUGUCCACUGGCUUCCCCGGUGUGGUCCAGCUGCUGGAGUGGCUCGAGCUCCCCAACUGCAUCGUGAUGGUGCUGGAGCGGCCAGAGCAGUGUCAGGACCUGCAUCGUUUCAUUGGGGCACGGCGGUUCCUGCCCGAGGAGGAGGCGCGGGAGCUGUUCCGCCAGGUGCUGGAGGCCGUGCGGCACUGCACCAGCUGCGGGGUCCUGCACCGGGACAUCAAGCCAGAGAACAUCCUGGUUGACCUGGACACCGGGCAGGCCAAGCUGAUUGACUUUGGCUGUGGCACCUACCUGCAGGACACAGUCUACACACACUUUGCAGGAACACUGUCCUACAGCCCCCCGGAAUGGAACGACUUUGGCUGGUACCAUGGCGAGGCAGCAACGGUCUGGUCCCUGGGCAUCCUGCUGCACCAGAUGGUCUGCGGGGAGCACCCUUUCAGGAGGGGCCGGAACCUCAGCUGGGGCCAGCUCCCGCUGCCACAAAGGCUCUCAAGUUUCUGCUUUCUCUCCCCAGAGUGCAAAGACCUGAUCUGGUGGUGUUUAUCCGUGAACUCCUUGGACAGACCCACACUGGAAGACCUGUUCUGUGUUCCUUGGAUGCAGGAUAUUCCUCUGCCAUAG